CUCUCUCUCACCAAAUUUUUCAUGUACAUAGGAUAAUAAUGUAUCUUCAUUUGUUCUUCAUAAAUUCAAUAUUUCUCACUGACUUAUCAUCUGUCUCUCUCUCAUUCAAAAAGAUCUCAGACAGUGUGGACUUCAUUUUGAUGAAUUUUGCUGAGAUGAAUAAGCUCUGGGUCAGGAUGCAGCACCAGGGACACUCUCGAGAAAAGGAGAAAAGAGAGAAGGAGCGGCAAGAAUUGAGGAUACUAGUUGGUACCAACCUUGUCCGUCUUUCCCAGCUUGAGUUUGUUGAUGUCCAGCGCUACAAGAAGAUGGUUCUGCCGGGCAUCCUGGAGCAAGCUGUGAGCUGCCGUGACCCUCUCUCUCAGGAGUAUUUGAUGGAGUGUAUCAUUCAGGUGUUCCCUGAUGAGUUCCACCUGCAGACCCUCAGUGCUUUCCUUAAGGCUUGUGCAGAGUUGCACUCAGAAGUCAAUGUCAAGAACAUUAUUAUCUCCCUCAUUGAUCGCCUUGCCAACUUUGCCCACCGGGAGGAUGGCAGCGGCAUUCCUGAGGACAUCAAGCUCUUUGAAAUAUUCUCAGAGCAGGUUUCUCAAGUCAUCAAGUCUCGGCCUGACAUGCCGAUGGAGGACAUGGUGAGCCUGCAGGUGUCCCUCGUUAACCUGGCACAGAAGUGUUACCCAGAUCAGAUCAAUUAUGUGGAUAAGGUUCUGGAAAACACACUUGAAGUCUUCCAGAAACUCAACAUUGAAAAGAUACACUCAGGCUCAGCAGUGGGCCGGGAGCUAAGCCGCCUGCUGCGUCUUCCUGCUGACAACUAUAACAACCUUCUGACUGUACUGAAGCUGCAGUACUUCACUCCUCUGCUUACCUUGCUUGACUACAGUGGUAGGAAAGUGCUUGCCACAUAUCUGGUGACCAAUGCAGUGGAAAAUGAGACCUACGUACCCACCCAAGAGCAGGUGGAUGCAGUGCUGUCUAUGGUGGCCUCAAUAAUCUGUGACCAGAGUGACCAGCCGUUGGUGGAGCCAGACCCAGAAGAUCUGGCUGAAGAGCAGGGACUCCUAGCCAGAUUCAUCCACCUGUUCAAGUCCUCAAGUAGUGACCAGCAGUACCUCAUCCUGACGACGGCACGCAAGCACCUGGCUGCAGGAGGCAACAAAAGGGUGGUAUACACUCUGCCUCCUCUUGUCUUCCAGGCUUACCAGUUGGCAUUCAAGUACAACAAUGAGAGAGAUGUGGAUGACAAGUGGAGCAAGAAGGUACACAAGAUCUUCCAGUUUUGUCACCAGACCAUCACUGCGCUGGUGAAGGCAGAGUAUGCCGAACUGCCUCUCAGACUGUUCUUGCAGGGUGCUCUCGCUAUAGACAAGAUUGACUUUGAGAACCAUGAGACUGUGGCCUAUGAGUUCAUGUCACAGGCCUUCUCUUUGUAUGAGGAUGAGAUUAGUGACAGCAAGGCACAGUUAGCAGCCAUGACCCUCAUCAUGGGCACCUUCCAGCAGACAACUUGUUUCAGUGAAGAGAACCAUGAACCUCUAAGAACUCAGUGUGCCUUGGCUGCCUCCAAGCUGCUAAAGAAACCAGAUCAGGCACGAGGUGUAACUACUUGCUCUCACCUCUUUUGGUCUGCUCGAUCACAAUUCAGCAACAAGGAGGAGCUGCGGGACGAGAAGCGUGUCCUGGAGUGCUUGAAGAAAGCUGUUCGUAUUGCCAACCAGUGCAUGGAUCCCUCUACCCAGAUUCAGCUCUUUGUAGAACUCCUCAACCACUACAUCUACUUCUAUGAGAAAGGCAACUCUCAGGUGACAGUGGCAAUGCUGAACCAGUUGGUGAGCAAAGUGAAGGAGGAUCUAGCCAACCUGGAAACUACUGAGGAGACUGACCAGAUCUCCCGUCAUCUUACCAACACACUUACUCACCUUCAGCUACGCCAGCAGGAGCCGCCCUCUGAGGGCCCAUCCUAUGAAGGUCUCCAGCUGUGAGGAGAUGGACCCAUUCCUUUGCAUGCUUUGAGAAGUAAGUUCCAUUAUCCACUUAAGGUUAGAAGGGAUGGUACACUUAACAUUUUUCUUACACAUCUGCCCAUAUCUUGUCUAUAGACGAUGAAUUUAUAACUUUUAUCAACCGAGAAAUAUUAGUCAUUGACAUGUAUGGUGGCUGUUUUGAUUAAAUGUUACAAUGAUACUAAUACAUAGUAAAUAUGAAUGAAGUGUACAUGUGUGAAUGAGGGAGAAAAACCAUGUUGUUUGUUUGAUUGUGAAGUUCAUCCAUAAUUUUAUUUGCUCUUAAGCUUGCACCAGUUUAAUAAAUAGGAAAUCAUACCAAAAUUACCAUCGUAAUGUAGUUUUUCCUUAUUGUGCUGGAGAGGCUGAUGAAACUUUUGAAUGAUAAGACCAGAUGCAGCAGGUCUGUUCUCUCUUUAGUAGCUGAGUCCUUGUACCUUUGUGAAAUAAUCUGAUUAGAGAAUCUCUGUCAGUGUUAUUGGAGACUAUCCAUAUAGCAAGCAGGAGGCUGCAGGUGCUAGGGACCGGUGAUAACAGAUUGUGAGCAGAUUUUUUGAUGUAGAGAUCAUACAGGAAUCAAGCUUUUUUGAGUAAUUAAUUUGUUAUAAUUAUAUAUAAGCUUUAUACAAAGACUGUUACAAUACAGAUUUUUAUUUUAUGAUAAACUUUUAUUUAUGAAAAUUUUGCUAUGUUCACACAAAUGGUUAAAAUGAUCUUACCAGAACUGAUUGAAAAUAUUGCCAUAUACUGAAGGUAUUUCUUCCAAACUAAUGUGUAUUCAUACCACCUUAAUUCAUGUUUUAUGUGUUCCUUUGAUAGUCAUUCUUGGAAAAAAAUGUUUGGCUGAAAAACUUUUGUUCUUUGAUUUCCUUCUAGAGGAUGCCAAAAGUUUUAUUUUUUCUUCAGUAAUUAUCUUGUAUGAUUCUGUCAGGAAACUCUUUCUUUGCGCUAAAGGCCUGUAGACACUAUAAAUCAUGAUGCACGCAGUGUUGAAUGGAUGUGUUGAAAAAAGACUUUUCAUCACAAUUCUGUAUCACGAGCAUGUUGAUGGGCCACUCUGAUUUCAUGCGCCUGUUCAGUUUGCAUCAGAGUUCAGAGUGCGAGGAUAUGCUUGCAGCUGCAGCUCCAAUGGGUCAUAGCCAUUACAAAUGUAUAGCUUAAUUUUUUAUAGCAAUUUAUGAAAUGCAGUGAAUGGCAUUCUUGCAUAAUUUUCAGUCUGUUGGAUUUUUGGGUUGUAGCUCCAAAAAUAUUUGAUUGAAGCUCCCUUUCAGAUAUCACUGAGAAAGCCAUUGUUUACACCACAAAGUUUGACUUUUCUUCCACAAAAGUUUCUUUUUUGCUGCACACAUUACAGUUACACUCCACAGUACAGUCUCUUGGCAGAGUACAUAACUAGCAGACACAGACAUCCCCACACAAAGAAAGCUAACUGUAAUACUGACUAGUGGCACAUGCAGGAACAAGUGAGCAUUAUUGCAGUACAGUUUGGCCACUAGUAAUUUUUUACAAGACUUCUACUGCAUCAUGUACCUGAUACUUGAUGCAUAGUGUGUACUAGGCUUAAGAGAGUUUGAUUAUAGUAAUCCUGUCUAUAUAUAUAUAUAUAUAUAUAUAUAUAUAUAUAUAUAUAUAUAUAUAUAUAUAUAUAUAUAUAUAUAUAUAUAUAUGCCCCAGUCAGUAUCAUACAGUGUAUGUUAUUUAUUUAUUUUUUUUUAUUUAUGUAUUUAUUUAUUUAUUUAUUUGUUUUUUGUUUGUUUUAGCAUUGAGAUGUAAUGAAGUAAGUCUUUCAUUAUGAGCCUUAUGUUUAGUCUUGAUCACCAUAUUGUAAGCAGUCAACCAUUAAGAUGUUUCAUCACAAGAAUCCUAAACAAGCUAAAGGGUAGCUUCUUUUGUAUAUUACAUUUCUUUUGUCUGUGGAGCAUGAUCACCUCUCACACCACUCACAAUUCUUUACAAGUGUCAGCAAUGCCACAAACACAGCUGUCCUGUGAGAGAAAUAUUGAUUUUUUUCCUCACUCUUUUUUUCUUAUGAGUGGGCAUGCUGUUGGCACAGUGUAUGAAGCAAUAUACUGUGAACCUUUUCUAGUUUAAACCAAUAUCUUUCAGAUCAUUUAGUCUUUUUAGAGCUGCUCAACUUUUUUAAUAAUUUUCCUUAAUCUGAACUGAAGUUGAUAUUGUCUAAUACUUUUAUCCUUGCAUAUAUAUGAAUAGCAACAAGAUGAUAAAAUGUGAUGGAAGAAGUGGUAGGAAUGACUGUGGCAAGUGUAAACACAGGUUUUCAUCUCACCCACAGUCAUUUGAACUCUUCUUUCUGAAUUGUUCACACACACACACACACACACACACACACACACACACACACACACACACA